AUGUCUACCACGCUCAAGAGUCAUAACAUCCCUCUCAGUCUCCCUGAAGGACUUUCAGAACAGCAGCUCACUACAUUCAAGCCAUUCACGAAAUGGGUUGACACACUCACAAACUCACUCCGUCUUCAAUCCGAUGAAUCUCACCCCUUCCACAAAGACCCCUAUGCUCUGCGCUCAGUCACAAUCCAAUCCUACGAUCUCUUCGGCGCCAAACGCAUCGGCUUCAUAAAGCUCACAGCAACCGUCUCCAACGACUCAGGCGAAACCCUCCCAGCAGCCGCUCUCCUCCGCGGUCCCAGCGUAGCAAUGCUCUUCAUGCUCAUCCCCUCCGACGUCCCCCCCUCAUCAUCAGAGCGCUACGUCGUCCUCACAGUACAACCCCGCGUUCCCGCCGGCAGCCUCAGCUUCACAGAACUACCAGCGGGCAUGGUGGACGACGCAGGUAGUUUCGCCGGAGCAGCAGCGCAAGAGAUCAAGGAAGAGCUGGGCGUCACGAUAAAGGAGGAAGAGCUUACGAAUUUAAGUGAACUUGCUACUGCUGAGGAUAGCGAAGAUAUUGCGAGGGCUAUGAGAUGA